AGAGAGAGAGAGAGCAAAGGGGAAGAACUUUAGGGAAAACAACUGCCCAGCUACCAUAAUAGUUUUAAGAACUGGACGCAGACUGAGCUGGAUUUUAAACAGAAGUAUGGACUAAAAAAAUUACACCAGUGAGGACAACAUGAGGUUACAUUUAAUAAUCUAUCCUUUAAGUUUCUUAUGACGUUUGUCUUCAUCAGCUGCAUUUAUUUAGUGACUUAGUGAGCCAUGAGCCUCAAAACUGCACUUACUCUUCUAAUACUGUUUGCGGCCAAAGUUCACUGUGGUCAGGAGAAUCCUGCGUGUCCUCGCAAAGAAUCCAAUACUGGAGCGCUGGCCUUGAAUGUGGGGUCGGAGGUCAUCCUGGGCUGCAGGGGAGAUGUAACUGUGGAUAGCAUGUCAUUAAUAAUGAGAAGAAAGCACAACAAGAGACUUGAGAGAAGAGGAGAUGCAACUAGUCAUUGGAAAGCACAAAAAGGAAGUCCUGUUAUUAUGGGAAUACACAAUGCAGAAACUCCAAACUCUGCCUCCACUGGAAAGUACAAACUGAAUACUGUAACUGGAAUAUAUGCUAAAGGCAGUGAAUCUGUGAGCACUGCUAACCCGGCUAAAAACUCAAAGGCACAAAUGGGAAGUGGGCAAAUUUUGCAGGCUGUCAAUCAAACCAUAAAACUUAACAGGGCUUUUAGUGUAAUCGUGGAAAUGGGGUUGAGCAUUAAGAAGAAUACCGGCACAGAAUAUGUGGAGGAGGAUAAGGAUUAUGACGAGAGCAUGAAGAAAUCGAAAGUGACCAGGUCUAUUAAGAGGCGAGCACAAUGGACUUUGAAUGGAAAACUCAUGCAAGAUGGUGUAGAACAUGGUGGGGCUUUGAGACUCCCUGCUCUUCAGCUGACAGACUCAGGGAACUACAGCUGCUACAGGAAAAGCAAACUAGUUUCAUCGAUUAGAAUCGAAGUUGGAAUUCCUCCAAAGAGUCCUACUUUGUCAUGCUACAAGAAAUCUCACAUCAGCAACAUCUGGUGUGAGUGGAUAUCUAAACAGCCCAUCAUUCCACAACCACAGUGUUACCUGCUUCUCAGGAAAGGAUUGGAGAAGAUCACUCAUGUGAACUGUUCAUACUCUGCCGCACGCUCCUGCUGCUGGUGUGUGUUACCCAGUAUGGAAAAUGAUAGAAAUGUGUAUACAGCUAAACUAUGUGUGACCAACACAGCAGGCAAUGCCACCAGCUCUCCAUUCAACUACAUUACUCAAAAUAUCAUUAAGCCUGAUCCCCCAGAUGAAGUUAAAGUAAUGUCAGUGAUGGGUGAGCAUAACAUGCUGAAUGUCACUUGGUCUUUACCUGCGACCUGGAUGUGGGAGCAAUACUACACCCUUCAGUUUCAGCUUCGAUAUCGUCCUCUACGUGCGAGAGAGUACCAGAACGUGGAAACAGGUAGAAGAGAUUGGUUGAUUUUGGACGCUCUGCCAUACACCAACUAUGAGAUUCAGAUUCGAGCAAAAGACGAGUAUGAAGGGCAGUGGAGCGAGUGGACCAGUCCUGUGCAUGCACACACAUGGACCGCUUCCGGAACCACUGUUGCCCCUGUUAUUAAUACCAGUCUGGAUACGAUUUGGACAUUUCCUGUUGGCCAUGAGGAGUCAGAAAAUGAAGUGGACAUUAGGCCUGCUGCUGAUCGUGAUGCUGCAUUAUGGGUGUAUGUGCUAUCGGUGGUGGGAAUAUGUCUCCUCAUUACAAUCGUCACUCUCUCUGUCUACUUUCUCAGGUACACCUUCUACCACAUCAUCUAACUCACUCAAGAGUAUUUCCUCCUCCUCCAUCUCGCAACCUAUCUGCUGAAGACUAUGUCUACAAAUUGUGGAACAAUUUCAAGGACAAAAAUCAAUAUUGGAUGUUUGUGAUCUUCAGGCUCUCAGGCGGCACUGCAUUUAAAACAGUCAUGACUCUGUAAUGGAAGUCACUGUAUGGGCUCAAUAACACCACCAGAAAUCAUUGUGUGGGAGCACAGUUUGCCAUGUCACCCAAAAAUGCAGGUUAAAUCUCUAACAUGCAAAGAAGAAGGCAUGCAUUGACAUGAUCCAGAAAUGUCACCAUUCUCUCUGGUCCAAAGCUCUUUUUAAAUGUACUGAGGCAGGAAGUGGAAAACUGCUCUGUGGUCAGACAAAUCAAAAUUAUAAUUAUUUAUUUUUGGAAACCAUUAACACCAUUUUUCUCUAAAAAGUGGAUGUUGAAAUAUGUCUGUCACUGCUAACUCUGAUAAGUAUUUAUGUAAAUCAGUGGUUUCUUAUGCUGGUAAUUCUAAUAAACUUUUCUUCUGCAGCAGAGGUAGUCGAGGCACACGUUCUUUUGCACAGGUCAACAAAUGGUCUAAAACACAUUAAGAAAGCAAGAUAUGUAACAUAUUAACACUUGACAAAGCAAGUCCGAUUUCAGGUGACUACCUCAUGAAUAUGAUGAGAGAAUGCCAUGAGUUUGCCAAGCUGUCAUUAAAGUUAAAUGUAACUAUUUUGGACAAUCUAAAAAAUAAAACAAACUCUGUUUUGUUUAACACAUUUUUGUUUACUACACAGAUAAAACAUUUUGACUGGUACUGUAUAUACUGACAUGCAUACAUGUGUCAUAUCAGCAAGAAAGUUGUAUAUUUUUUUUCAUGCACAAUAAAGAAAUGAAUGAAUAAAAUGCAUUGAUUUAAAUGAUCAGACGAUUGUCAGUUCAAAUCUCAGUGGUGUCUCAGUGGUACCCUUAUCCUUGUUCGUUGUAUCUUGUUGUCUUGAAAGAACAGCAAAAGCCACAUUUAUGAAUUUAGAGACAUCCUAGAUGUCCUUCGGUGUGGGGCAGGAAUACACCCUGGAUGAUCCGCAAGUCAACUGAAGGGCACCACACACAUUCAUCUUUUGUUAACAGAAGGAGAAAACCAGAGAACCAUAUGAAAAAAAUGGAGGUGGCAUGAGCCCUGGAUUUAGCAACAGACCCUUAUUGGGAAACCCUAUCUACUGUACCACCAUGCCAUGCUUAAAGUAUUUCUUGUGUACGGAUGUAAUGUAAUGUGCUGUAUGUGCUGUAAAUUAGCUGUACUUAUUCAUGAGUCUUUUUUUUUUAGUUUAUGACUUAAUGACUGCUUGAUUUCGAACUUUAAUUAUACAUAUAAUUUUAUGUUAAACUGAUAAGUCUAUCUAAUUUUAAGCAAAGAUAUGUUUAAGGUGUAUAAAGGGUACCAUGAUAUACCUAUGUAAAUAAAUAUACACUAUAUGAGCAAAUAUAU